AUGCACCUUGUACACAUGCUUCAGUUCUUCCUUUUUGGGACGUAUCAACAGGCCCCGGAAGGUGAGAGUCAACCGAGUACGGAAGUGGAUCUCUUCAUAUCGACGGAGAAAAUCAUGGUUCUCAACACUGAUCUCAAGCCGAGUCUCAAGUCGGGAAUCCGCGACUUUAUCAUCGUGGCUACGACUUCAAAGUUUGUUGGCCUACGCGACGGAGCCAGUGCUUUGCUCGAUUUAAAAGAUUUUCAUCCCGACUGCUGGGUUCGAGGAACAACUAGCGCUGCGGGCGGAGAUGUCGUAAUCCAGCGCGGGGCGACACGUGCUGCCGAUUUUCCGCUUCCAGUUCCGUUGAACACUGUCGUGACGGAGGCUGACGCCCGGUUGCCCCGGCGCCAUUUAUCGUGCCGCGCUGUUUCCUCGGCCCACGUCGCUAAUUAA